AACAUAAACAGCAAUGGCGGAGGCAGCGGCAGCGUCAACAGCGGCUCCAGCAGUUAUCGGAGGCUGGACGAAGCACGUAACCUGCAGGUAUUUCAUGCACGGGCUUUGCAAAGAGGGUGAGAACUGUCGAUAUUCACACGACCUCAGCAGCUGCAAGCAAACCAUGAUCUGCAAGUUCUUCCAAAAGGGAUGCUGUGCUUUCGGGGACCGUUGCAGGUAUGAACAUACCAAACCUUCCAAGCAAGACGAAGUCCCCAGUUCGAAGCCGUCGAUGCCGCUGACCGCUGCUCCCCUUGCUGGCACUCCUGAACCCGUGUCUGAUGGGCCAGGUGGCACGACCGGCGCCCAGGAGAAGCCCCAAGGCUCAGGGGCAGUGGACUGGGUCAAUGCCGCCGAGUUCGUGCCAGGGCAGCCCUACUGCGGGAGGGCCGACCCAGUGCUGUGUGAGGGGCCCGGUCCUCUCAUCGAAGAAGAGUACGAGAAAGAACAAGCCAACAAAGAAAUGAAGAAGCAGCUUUGCCCAUACGCCGCUGUUGGCGAAUGUCGCUAUGGCCUUAACUGUGCCUACCUCCACGGCGACGUUUGCGACAUGUGCGGCCUACAGGUGCUCCACCCGUCCGACACCUCUCAGCGCUCGCAACACAUCAGGGCUUGCAUCGAAGCUCACGAGAAGGACAUGGAAAUCUCGUUUGCCAUCCAGCGUAGCAAGGACAUGAUGUGCGGCGUGUGUAUGGAGGUGGUGUUCGAGAAAACCAACCCUAGCGAACGCCGUUUCGGCAUCCUCUCCAACUGCUGCCACUGCUACUGCCUCAAGUGCAUCAGGAAAUGGCGAAGCGCCAAGCAGUUCGAGAGCAAGAUCAUAAAGUCCUGCCCAGAGUGUCGAAUUACAUCAAACUUUGUCAUACCAAGCGAAUACUGGGUGGAGGACAAGGAGGAAAAGCAGCAACUCAUUCAGAAGUACAAGGAUGGCAUGGGAACUAAACCAUGCCGAUAUUUUGAUGAAGGCCGUGGGACCUGUCCGUUUGGAGCCAACUGCUUUUACAAGCACGCUUUCCCUGACGGGCGUCUGGAAGAGCCUCAACCCCAGAGGAGACAGAACGGCUCCAAUGGAAGAAACCGGAACACCAGACGGACGCAUCUCUGGGAUCUUUUAGACGAGCGGGAGAACAGCGACUCCUUCGACAACGAAGACGAGGAGAUGGUGAGGUUCGAGCUGAGCGAGAUGCUCCUAAUGCUUCUGGCUGCGGGAACCGACGACGACGUCACCGACUCCGAGGACGAGUGGGAUUUGUUCCACGAAGAGCUGGACGAUUACUAUGAGCUGUACCUAUAGCAGGCCUCGCUCCGUCCUUCGCUCAUUUUCUCCUAAACUAACCCUCAUCCCUAUUUACUCGAUUUCAAUCCCUGUUAGAAACUAGACAGGACUGUCUCGUGUGACUGAUGGGCAGUAGCGUCUUCCCCCUGUGUUGUGGCAGUGCCUUUCAGCAGGCCAUUAAAAAAACAAAACAAAUUCAUUUCAAUGAAUCUAAAACACACGUCAAACGACAUUAAAAAAUAGCUCUCAGGCUAAAAAAAAA